GGCAUUAUCCUGAAACAAACAAGGAGGCAAUGUAUGCAGUUGUUACUCUGGAGGAUUCAGAUGAGGUGAUGGUUUCAGCAUCAGAUUGGUUGAGUUCAGACAAAACAAGAUGUUACUGGCCCCCAUUCAGAUCACAAGAGAAGUGUACAGAAGCUGUUAAGAACAGACAUGCACCAGAUGGGAAAUGGGAGAUGUUAAAAAUAAUCUUUCAUGGAGAAUUUGACAAGGAUGAUAUUCUCCAAAUGCUGAGGGAGAUCAAGAGCAAAGUUGAUGAAAACUCCACUAUGUUAAAGAGAUUAGUGAACGACACACUGGUUUCAGAUGCGGCCCCCAGCAGCACAAGCACGCAAUCUAAAGAUAUGAAAUCAAACCUCGAUCUACCUCUUCGAUCCAUUGAAGACGUGCAGAGACUUGAACGAGAGCUUAAAGUUGCAACAACACGAAAAAAAUAUGUUAAUUACCUGUCUGGGCUUGCAGCGUUUGGCCUGAAGGAUGUGAUUAAGAGUAUGAUGCAACAUGUCCUAACAAAUGAUUUGGUGAAAGAGUUCAACUGGACGGGGAAAGGUGAUAAAAAACCAUUCUCUAAUCUUGUUUUAGCAGAUGUAAUCAAAGAUGCUGCCUUCAAACACAAAAUAUCCAGAGGAGACUGUGAAGCUGCAAUAAAGAAGUAUUUGAGUAACACAGCUAUUCGACCCAGUCAGAAGAGACAAAGAGAUGAAGUAGACCUUCUUCCAUCGGCAAGUUCUGGAACUGAGUUUUCAAAUAUGAUUUCUCAACCAUAUCUGGAGGAUGCCUCCCAUCCGCACUCACAUGAUUUAGAUCUAUAUAUGCUAUAG